UUACCAUUAGUAGAUUUCUACAACACUCAGUCUAAAUCAGGACGCUUGCUCCUGUGGUCGAUGGACUAUCCACAUGUUGUUUAAUCAGUUAGCAGUGCGCAGAGUUGCAAAACCACCCUGAACGCACAGUUCUCGUAUCCAAAAUGGCGCUAUGUUUACGUCUCUGUGUAAUCGUUUAUUAUCCUUAACAAGUCUUAUGGAGAGCUAUGGUGGCUUUUCUCUCUGGGAAAGAUAAUAUAACUUAACGUUACUAAUAGCACCAUCGAUCCACGAUCGAGCGGACUCAAGCUUUGUUGCCGUCAAGUUCAGCAGCAGUUGGAAAAAUGCAGGCCGAGGCCACAGACUCUUCGUUGACAGAAGGCGUAGAGACUCUGGGAGUGAAGGACACAGAAAAUCCUGCAGUAAGCAAAGAAGAGGAGGGCAACACAGAGCCACAGGACACGGAGAUGACUUCUGCAACAGAGGAUGACACCACUAACAAGGAGGAAAAGGAUGAAGAAAUGGAUGUAGCAGAAAAAGAGGAGCACAAAGAUGGGGCUCAGGUGGACGCCGAAGAGAAAGGUAACGAGGGAAAGCAGGCCGCAGUAACAGAUGGUGAAUGGGAAAUUGCAUACAGUGAUGAGGAAAUGGAGGACCCUAAAAACUGGAUGCCCCCUCCUGCUGAGAUCAAAAGACUCUAUGAGCUUCUUGCUAAAGGGGAGAUGCUGGAACUGAACUUUGUGCCCCUUCCAAGGAGGCCCCCUACACCUGAACGCACCCCAUCACCUGAGAGAGACGAUGAAGAGGCAGCAGCAAAGGAGAGGGAGAGGGAGGAGAGAGAACGCAAGCCUCCAACACCAACUGAGUUUGACUUUGAUGAUAAGGAGAUGCAAGCAACUCCGAAAAAUUCCUUCAUCAACAGACGCAGGACACCAGGAUCUUCAGCGCGCUCCUCUGUCAAAAGGGAAGCUCGGCUGGACAAGGUCCUUUCUGACAUGCAGCGCCACCGUAAAAUAGAAGAGCACAUCAUGCGUACAGGUCGGGAUCUCUUUAAGACUGAGAAGAAGCUGGAGGAGGCCCUGUCUCCAAACAGCCAGAAGGAACGGGAGAAGGAGAGAGAGCGAGACAGCAAUCCCAACACCAUCUUUUCCCCGAGACAGAGGAGAUACUGAAGUAUUAAGAGAUGAUUGAGGACUCGCUCAGAGGCAAAUGAGGCCAAGAGCUUUCAAUGGCUUUCUCAAAACUUGAAUUUUUUAUGUAACGAGUUUUAUAUGUUUUGUAUGUGUGUUUUGUAUAUUGGCAAUAAACAUUUUAAACAGCAA